CUUUGAUGAAAAUUGCUGAAAUUAUUUGACAUAAGGACAACAAAUUAAUAUAGAAAUUAUGAAUGCUAUUGUUAGUAUAAUUUUUCCAUUUUUAAAUUAGAAAUUGUGUAUUAUUAUGGACCUACUUAGAAUGUAAAAAAAGAGUUUGAGGAUAAACAUGCAAAAAAUUAGUAUGUAUUCUUUCGUUUAAUGUAUGCGGCAUAUUUAUGAAUAAUGAUUAAAACUUUUAUCUAUUAUUUAGUGUACCAAUAAACUCAUUAGAAUUAUUUUGCAAAUUUAUUAUGUUUUCCUGAUGGGGAACGAAUGUAAAUGAAGAAAAGGAAUUCAAA